AUGCAUCAUCAGGACCUCGCGACACUCGCUUUACAUGCGGACAAUGAUGUGACCCAAGGUUCUGAUGUCGCGCCUCCUAUUCACUUGAGCACAACCUUCCGGUAUCAAGAGCAUGAGGGAUCUGGUGAACUACAAACACGCUUGGAGACGGUUCUGUCAGCAAUGAUCGGAGGUCCUACUUUGACCUACGCAUCUGGACAUGCUGCUAUGAACGCAUAUCUCGUGUUUCUCAAGCCUAAGCGAGUUGCCAUCGGCGUCGGUUACUAUGGGAGCAGAGAGGCUGUCGACUUGUACCAACAACUAACUGCGUGUGAGAUCUUGGGCCAUGAGAAUCUCGACGCACUCCAGGAUGGUGACGUGAUUCACCUUGAAACGCCUGUCAACCCCACCGGCGAAGCAAGGAGUAUUAAGUAUUUUGCCGAGGAAGCGCAUAAGCGCGGAGCUUAUUUAGUCGUGGACAACGUUCGCACCGCCGGUAGUACAAAAUACUUUGGAGGUCAUCAUGACCUCCUUUGUGGUACUUUGUCUAUUUCCUAUGAUCGAGAAGAGCAAUGGUUCAAGAAUCUGCAUGAUCAGCGCACAAUUCUGUGUAGUGUGCUGGGCAGUAUGGAGGUCUGGCUCGGCCUCCGCAGUCUAAGUACCCUGGAACUACGCAUUAGGCGACAGAGUGAGAACGCCACGCGCUUAGUACAGUGGAUUGCCGAGUGCCUUCAGAGUGAGGAGGAUAAUGUCGUCAAGAUGACCGUCUCUGCAGUCAGACAUGCCAGCCUCCAAGAUGAGGACAUGCAUUGGUUACGAGAGCAGAUGCCAAACGGAUUCGGGCCCGUUUUCGCAUUAGAGAUGAAAACUGAAGAAAUGAGUCGAAGGCUAACGGGGCUGCUAAGUUCAUUUCAGCAUGCAACCAGUUUAGGCGGUGUGGAAAGCCAAUUUGAAUGGAGGAGACUUGUUGAUCCGUCAUCAAACCCAGCUCUGCUCCGUGUUAGUGUCGGUGUGGAGCAUAUAGAUGAUUUAAAGGCUGAUCUACUGAGGGGGUUCGAAUCCCUGCUAAAUACUACUUCUGUCUAA